AUGGCUACCGAUAUUGCUACGAGGGAGCUUCGCAAACCGGUUGACGUCGCAGAAUAUCUGUUCCGACGACUGCGUGAGGUUGGAAUCCGGGCAGUACAUGGUGUACCUGGUGACUACAAUCUUUCGGCUCUAGACUAUCUACCAAAAUGUGGUCUUGACUGGGUUGGGAACUGCAAUGAGCUUAACGCUGGCUAUGCCGCCGAUGGUUAUGCUCGAGUAAAUGGAAUCAGCGCAUUGGUGACGACCUUUGGUGUUGGCGAGCUGUCAGCUCUGAAUGCCAUUGCCGGUGCGUACUCCGAAUUCGUGCCUAUUGUCCAUAUUGUUGGUCAGCCACACACGAGAUCACAACGAGAUGGAAUGUUGCUUCACCAUACUCUUGGGAAUGGAGACUUUAAUGUCUUCACGAGAAUGAGCUCUGGGAUAUCUUGCGCUGUCGGACGCCUGAACGACACCCAUGAAGUGGCGACUUUGAUUGAUAACGCUAUUCGAGAAUGCUGGGUUCGCAGCCGACCUGUAUACAUCACCCUUCCUACCGACAUGAUUGUGAAGAAGAUCGAGGGCGAGCGACUAAAAACACCAAUUGAUCUCUCGCUUCCUCAGAAUGACCCUGAAAAGGAAGACUAUGUGGUGGAUGUUGUCCUAAAAUACCUGCAUGCAGCAAAGAACCCAGUGAUUCUGGUUGAUGCAUGUGCGAUUCGCCAUAAAGUUCUCGCCGAAGUGAAUGAUCUUAUGGAGGCCUCGGGUCUGCCGACUUUUGUGGCCCCAAUGGGUAAAGGCGCAGUGGAUGAAACUAAAAAGAACUAUGGUGGUGUGUAUGCUGGCAAUGGAUCUAAUGCUGGUGUUCGCGAGCAGGUCGAGUCUUCCGAUCUGAUUCUCAGUAUCGGUGCCAUCAAAUCCGAUUUCAAUACAGCUGGAUUUACAUACCGCAUCGGUCAAUUGAACACCAUUGAUUUCCACAGUACUUUUGUACGAGUACGAUAUUCCGAGUAUCCUGAGAUCAACAUGAAAGGUGUCCUGAGAAAGGUGGUUGAGAAAAUGGGCACUCUAAAGCCCGCAGGCGUCCCAAAGAUCUCGAACACAUUACCCGAUAAUGAGAAGAACUCCAAUAAACAGGAAAUCACCCACUCCUGGUUAUGGCCAUUGGUAGGCCAGUGGUUGAGAGAAAAGGACAUCGUCAUUACGGAGACAGGAACCGCAAACUUUGGUAUCUGGGAAACCCGGUUCCCACCAGGUGUCACGGCUAUCAGUCAGGUCCUUUGGGGUAGCAUUGGGUACUCAGUUGGGGCCUGUCAAGGUGCCGCAUUAGCAGCAAAGGAACAAGAUAAUCGUCGGACGAUACUUUUUGUUGGAGAUGGUAGUGCCCAGCUCACCAUUCAAGAGCUGAGCACCAUGAUCAGGAACAAGCUUAACCCCAUCAUUUUCGUGAUUUGCAACGAAGGAUACACCAUUGAGAGAUACAUCCAUGGAUGGGAGGCAAGCUAUAACGACAUCGGGGAAUGGGACUUUCAGAACAUUCCUCGAGUACUCGGAGCAAAGGACAACUACAAGGGCUAUCAGAUCAAGACGCGGGAUGAAUUGACAAAGCUUUUUGCGGACCAAAACUUUGCUUCUGCCCCGUGCCUGCAGCUGGUUGAAAUUCAUAUGCCUCGUGAAGAUGCCCCUAAUGCGCUGAAAAGUACGGCCGAGGCAGCGGCUGCGAGGAACAAAUAG